AUGUCGGAAUCAUUACCCAUUCCUCAUCACCCUUUAGAUAUACUCUUACCUCCGCCUAACACUUCUCCUACUCCUCAUGCCCUUCAUAUGCUGGAGAAAUUAUGCGAUAACCUGUGCUCUGAGAAUGAGAUUUUCUCAAUCACCUUUUCACCCGUUCUUUGUCCAGUACCCGUGAAAGGUGGAGGAGGUAAGAAUCAACUGUUCACUAUCAAGCCCCAUUGGUGGCAAAACAAAGAUGGGAAAUGGGAAUGGAGGGAUGGUCAGCGAAAUCCAGAAUGUGCUAGACCUCAAGGACAAGUACAAUUAGAGAAAUUCUCAAAGACUAUUCAGCUCUUAUCCCUAGGUGCGGCUCAUUUUUCAGACAAUGAACUGAAAACGACAUGUGUGAAAAAGAUUGAGAAUCUUUUGAACGUAUUUUUCCUUGAUCCCGAAACCAGGAUGGAGCCACAAGUGAGAUUCUCACAAUGUCAUCCAGGGGAAGAACCCGUUAAAGGAAACGACCAAUUUGUGAUAGCUAUCCGGUCUAUCAUACUAACUGAUCAAUCAUUAAAUCUCAUCAGAGACGAUAUCAACGUCGAUAUACUAAAGGACGUGGAAAAUUGGAUCAAAGAGCAGCUCGAUUGGGUGAGAAGUUCUGAACAAGGAAUGAAAGCGAAAAAUUCGCCAAAACCAUUAUGGUAUAAUGUGAUUCUUAGCUCGCAUCUUCACUUCAUACAAGAUUCCAACCGCCUUACCUGUGCUGGAACAGCUUUACAAGGAUGGAUCGACACUCAUCCUUUACCCGAAGAUUCAUUCAUGCUUGAAUUGAUUCAUGAUAAUCGUCGACAUAGAUGUUUGUUCACGUUAGAACCGUUAUUCAUCCUUGCGUCCCUCGCUUCGGAUGAUACCAAGCCUCAGUCAGAUAUCCUUGAAUAUCUCAAGGGGUGUGUGGGAUUCGUAAAGACCGUUGUCAAAGGGCCGAUCGAGAGUCCCAAGGAAGAUGAUGUCAGGUAUCUUGCUAAAAUAGCUUGGCUCGAAAGGCUUAUUGAUUCUUGGGAAAAUGAAGAUAACGGUAGUAACGAUAGCAGUGAACCCGAGGGAAGAGGAUGGGAAGGCGAUUGGGAUGAUAGGAUGAAGAUGUUAUGGGGAUUUAUCUGA